AUGUCAUCAUUGUCAAGUGUAUUGCCUGUACCAAGACAACAUUAUUCAAAUGAUGAACAUCCUUUGUUCACAACAACGAAUCAACAACAACAACAAAAAGAGAAACUACAACAACAACAACAGAUAAAGGCAAAUGAAGCGAAAAGAGCUAGUAUACCAUCGUAUGGACAGAGAAAAGGUUGGAAACCAACUUCAGUAGAUGAUUAUGGCGACGGUGGUGCAUACCCAGAGAUACACACCUCUCAAUUCCCUCUCGACAUGGGAAGGAAGAAGGGAUCGAGUACAAAGGGUGCUGCUGGCGCCGCCAACAACAACAAACCAACAUCAACAAGUAAAGAGAUUAUACAACUGGGUGUAGAUAGUAGUGGACGUGUCAAGUAUGAGGAUGUGCUGGGCAUUGAUAAGAACAAGAUAUUGUAUUCGCAAUACACUGACUUGAUACCAAAGGAGUUUGGUCAAAGCGAGAUGGAGCGACCAACAGACGAGGACACAGUGGAGACGACAAACAAGACAAAGGCUGCACUGGAGAAGAUUGUUAAUGUAAAGAUCGCCGCCGCGCAGCCGACAUCAUACGUCGAGAAGCAGGCACCGGUCGCGUACGUCAAGUACACUCCAUCGCAACAAGGCGGUGGCCACAACUCAAACGCAAGCUCACGUAUAAUACGUAUGGUCGAGGUGGCCAAGGACCCAAUGGAGCCACCAAAGUUCAAGAUCAAGAAGGACGUGAAGCGCCCGCCCUCGCCUCCCGCCACCAUCAUGCACUCACCACCCAGAAAGACCACCGUACAGGAUCAGCAAGAGUGGAAGGUGCCACCUUGCAUCUCCAACUGGAAGAAUCCCAAUGGUUUCGCGAUUGAACUCGACAAGAGACUGGCAGCCGACGGACGCAACCUGCAAAAGGCAGAGAUCAACGACAAGUUUGCUCACUUCUCACAGGCGCUGUACAUUGCCGAGAAUAACGCUCGUGAAGAGGUGACUGCGCGUGCAGAGCUUGAGUUGAAGCUCGCUCAAAAGGAGAAGGAGAAGAAGCAAGAGAUGCUGCGCAAGAUGGCCGAGGAUGCAAUGAAUGAGCGAACCAGUGUUAUCAACAAGAUUCACAGCAGGCCAACUGAACGUGAGGCCUCUGAUGACGAGAAUGGCGGCCGUACACCACCAACCUCUUCAAGACGCGAGACCACAACAACAUCCCGUCGUACAAGGAGUAGAAGCAGAAGCAAUGAGCGCAACCGUAGAAGAAGCAGAAGCAGCAGUAGCGAUAGCAGCGACAGCGACAGUAGCGACAGCGAGGAUGAGGGAAGAAAGGAUAGAGAUCGCAUUAGAGCCGAGAAAAAGAGAGAGAGGGAGAGAGAGUACAGGCUGGAAGCCUCGGGCAAGAAGUCCAAGUUCAACCGUGACUCUGACCGUGACAUCAGUGAGAAGAUUGCUCUGGGUCAGGUGCAGGCCGUGCGUAGCGAGGACUCAAUAUUCGAUCAGCGACUGUUCAAUCAAUCCGAGGGCAUGUCGUCUGGAUUCAACGGUGGCGACGACGAGACCUACAGCGUCUACUCCAAGCCAUUGUUUGGCGACAGCGUUUCCAGCUCAAUCUACAGACCACGCAUCAAGCAGGACGAAACCAACAACUCUAUCGAGGAUGUGCUGUCCACCAGCAGGUUCAAACCCAACAAGGAGUUUAGCGGUGUCGAUCACAACAGGGAGAGAAGUGGACCAGUCAAGUUUGACCAGGAGAAGAAGAAGGAUGGAGGUGGCAGCGGUGCCACAUCCGAUCCAUUCGGCAUGGAUGAGUUCCUGUCACAAGUCAAGAAAGGUGGUCGCGAUUCAGAUGCUGGUGGCAGAAGAAGAUAA